AUGGCGUCUAAAACGGAUUCAAUACCGCCUCUUCACCCCUUCCUGGAGCCGCCAAGCGAUGAUAUGCUCUCUCCGGGAGAUAUACGGCGUUGGGAUGCGUUUGAAAAGCUUUCCUCACUGGCCUCACCAAGGCUGUGUCUGUUUCUGCUCUAUUUUGCUGUCCGGAUCCAGAGCAUAAUCGUGUCGGCGUCAUACGAUGUUUCGUUCCAGACGGUGCUCUACGGAAUCUUUCUUUUCAUCGAGAUGAGCUUCUUGCUCGCGGACAUCAUCUACUUUCUCGCACGCUCCAAGUCCCGACCGCGACCGCCUCUGAGACUUCUUGGAGAUGACCUUCCACGGGUGGACAUCUUCUUGCCGUGCUGCAACGAAGCGGAAGAUAUUAUCCUGAACACGCUCAGGGCUGCCGGCGGCCUGGACUACCCGAAGGACAAAUUCCGCAUAAUAGUGCUCGACGAUGGAAACUCGCUCAGCUUGAAGCAAGCGGUCGAAGGUCUGGCUUCCAUGAGCGCUCUGCCCAUGAUACGCUAUGUAGCUCGUGGGAAGGUUGUGGAGAUCCAUUCCAAGGCCGCCAACCUCAACUUUGGCUUGAAUUUCGUGUCCAGAUCCCCUGAAGGGCCGGCCCCUUACAUCGCGUCCCUCGACAUCGACAUGAUCCCCGAGGCCGCCUGGCUACGGAGCGCGCUGGCCGUCCUGUUGGAAGACCCGCGACUCGCGAUGGCAAGCGCGCCGCAACGGUUCUAUAAUAUCCCGCAUUCGUCGAUCAUUGCCGCGCGAUAUACACUGGAGCAAAAGGUGUGGGGAGUUAUGCUGGACAACCUAGGCUGCGGGAUUUGCAACGGCUCCGGCUUUGUCGCUAGGCGUCAGGCGUUUGAUGAGAUGGGCGGGCUCAACGUCGAACCGCUGCAGGACGACGCGCUGGUUCCCGCCUUUUUGCUCGCGGCGAAAGGGUGGAAAACCGCCCAAUUGGCCGAAGACAUGCAGUUCGGGGAGCAGGUCGUCACGCUAGCGGAUAUCGCGAAGCAGAGCAAGAAGUGGAUGAUGCAGAUCCUGUGCGCGGCGGCGGUGUUCCGCCACCCCGCGGCGACCUCGAUGCCCGCCACGAAGAAAAUCCAAGCGGGGUUUCUGAUUCUGCAUCAGGCCGUUUUCCGCAUCCCGCUCAUGAUAUCUGUGGGGCUCAUCCCCGUACUCCUGGCGUCCGGUCUGCCCGUCAUGCCGCCGAGCACCGUGGCGCUGGCCCUGGGCUUUGUGUUUUAUCUCAGUCAGUUCGUGGAAGGUUACUUUCAGUACACAGCAUCCGACGAGGCGGUCCCGAUUAUGGAGGACAAGAGGCUAUGGGUACUGCCGUACGAGGCCGCCGGAGUCAUGCGUCUACUCAGGGGCAAACUAUUUGGGCCUCGGUCACUUCCCCGAUUUCAGGCCACGGGGGCACAGGUCCGCGAAACGCCCGACCCAGGUCAAAUGAACGCGUUUUCCAAGAUCAAAGCCUUUCUAUGGGAUUGCUGGGGUGGAAUUCACAUCCAAUACAUCACGAUCGUCUCCCUAUCGCUUUACCUAGCAUACCAUGGGACGUCAGGCAGCCUUUCCAAGCUCGCUCUCAGCACCGGAGCGCCCCCUUUUGCCCUCAUCUGGGUCCACUGUGUACGAGACGCCUUUGUCCCAAUUGUGCACGCGCUGUCGGCCAAACCGCAACCUCCAUUAAAACACUUCCUUGCCCGAGAUCCAACCACGCACAUCGCAUAUCCUAGCCAAGAGGCCCGCGAGGUACCGCGACGCAGUCCCUAUCGAGCCUUAUGGUCACCGGUGACGUUCAUGCUUUACUACCUGUGUUUCAUAAUUUUCGUUUUCUCCCAUGACUAAUGCACGGUUGGCAAGCGGAUGGAAUGGGUCGACGUGACGCUUAUCGUGCGAUCUCGUUCCGGAGCUUGGCCCCAAUUCUUUAAAAUACCACGGCGUUGGCCUCAUGUAACAU